AUGGAACCGAUCCUUGGAGUACUCCAGCAGGAAGAUGUAAGACUGUUCGAAAUCUUCGUUCGAGAGGAGAUAACGGACCUGGAAACAUUUUCACUACUUGACAACGAUGAUUUCACACGGCUCAAACUUUCUACGAAAAUGGUAAAAACCAUUCAAAAACUUCAAAAACUGUUGGAAAAUGAUUUGGUAGUUGAAGAACUGGAAGACCAUAUUGAAGACAUAAUCGAAACUCAUGCAGAUGACGUUGGAACAAACUCGAACGCCGAAAAUGAUGAUCGUUCGUUCAAUCUUGAGCAAGAAAUCAACGUCGAUCAAAUAUUCACAAAAACCCAAACAGGACGAGAGAUUCAAGAGUUUUUGGUGGAAGGUUACAAACCAACUGAGAAGGUGUCCAAACAGAUCACCCACAUCCUCUGCGACUACCUGGUAUCUGCUUACGGCGAGAGGCCAUCUACGUUCUAUAAGGAAAUGCUAGCUCGAUCCUUGGUCAAGACGUAUCCACUAUAUGUACAUUAUCACUUUUCUUUCCUCACGUAUUUUUCGUAUUGGAUGCUGGAUCAUAUAUAUUUUUUUUCAUCGAACUGUGUGUCAAAAAUAUCUGCUGUGAAUGAACGAAAACGUGCUUUUGUAUUUGUACUAUUGCAGGCACUGUGGUUUUACAAAAACGGUCGCGGUAGUGGGCGCCAUUCAGGAAAAAUUCACUACCGGAUGGAGUUCCUUGCCAAGAAAUCAGACAAACGGGUAUUCCACAGACUCUCCGAUGACUGCCAAACAUUGCGAGCUUCAGAAGUAUCAGAAUACGAUCAAGACGAAGCAACCAUCGAUGAUCUGGUACUAGAACUGCAAUUUGCUGUACCCACGGAACAAUCAAAAUCAAGAAUUAUGGAUUUAUGGAAACAAACGUUGAGAUUCCGUAACAACAUUCGUGAGGAAGGAACAUUUUUGCAGUUCAUGAAAGACUUUCCGGUAGCUACAGCGUUUGGAGGAGCAUUGAUUUCAUUUGACUUUGAGUCAAUGAGGCCAAAUGGGGCACGGUUCGAGGAUGUAUGGAAUGUUAUCCAACCAAAAAUUCUGGAUCAAUACCGAGAUGUGUACAGAUAUAUCAAAAACGAUAUGAUCAAGGCGUUAGCCGUAGUUCGUGAAAAAAAUCCAACCAGAGGAGCAAAACGACCACGACCGGACAAAGAAAAAGAAGCACGAAAGUUUAAUCCGUUGCAUGGUAUCAUCGACUGGAUUGAUCCGGAGAUGGAAUUACCUAACACAGAAGAUCCGCUUAUCAUCGUGUCAGCAACAUUAUUUGAAGAUGGUGACUGCAACAUUAUUUGGAAGGACAUCUCAAUUCCUGUCGGAAACAAUCUACUGGGCGCCUUCACUCUACUGUUGCAAGUUUUUACAGUAUUUAAUGUAAAAUGCUGCCCAUCGGACAAGAUUUUUUAUUCUUUUUUUUAUGCAUACUGUUUCAAAAUCGAAGCAUUGAGUACCACUGGCAAUAAGUUUGUAAGCCAACUAAAUUAA